AUGGCCGCAGAUCCGGCAGUGAACGAGAUGGCAAGCAACAUGGGAGAUAUGGAUACCGGCAGCCAACACCAACGAAUGGCUUUAUCUAUGCUACCGUCUGUCAACUUUCUGAAGGAAGAUGGUCGAAGCGGCUGGACUGAGACUCUAUUGUCCGAGGUUUCUGAUGCCGACCAGCGUCCGCUUCGUUUCUAUCUCAGCAACCGCCCUCUGGGGUUUGGUAUCAUCACAAAUGGACCAAACACCGACAACACCUCCAUUUUCCCCAUGGCAGUCCUUGCGAUGGAUGCAACCGUGGGUACCGUCAUGGCAAGCGCUCCGACUCCUACCGCCGUGAACAAGUUCGCUUCUGACCUCCAUACUGCCUCUCGCAGCGCCGUAAGCAAGUACAACAUCGGGAGGAGCCAGGAAAGCAGUCGCCGAGCUGCUCUGAUCAUCUGUGGCUUUCAACUUCAGGUCGAAUGCGACGCCUUCAAGUGUUUACUUCAAUUCCCUCACCUCGGCAAUGAAGCGGCUGGUGAUGAUGAAUGGGGCGUCAAGUUGGAUUGGAAGCUCCAUCUCUCGGCCACAUUUUGGCUUCUUACCUGCCUUGGCUCCCAAUCCUUGCCACCCCUGCAUAAAGAGGACGCCAGAAUUCUCCACGAGUUCCAGUACCUACUUGAAAAUUCAUACAUCUUCACUCGUCUUCUCGAAAGGGUUUCUGGCAAUAUUUCGUGGGAAGAAUACGUGACCGGCGAAACUGUUUCAGACACUGAAAUCAUGAAGCUGAUGGAGAUGCUUAUCGAGGUCGCCGACAUUGUCUGUACGACCCCAUCCUUAGCCCACACCGAGGACCAUCUCAAGAAGUGGAAGAUCGAGCGGGCUCGGGGGAUCGCCAUUGACGAAGCUGGCGGUAUGAGCCGUGGCGAUUUGUAUUCCAUCUGGGGUAACACACUCUUGCCCUGCUUUCUCGCCGGAGAUGAAGAGUUCAUCCCUCUAGAGGUGAAGAGCUACCAUGACCGAGAUGCCGACGGAAACAUGCGGAACAGAUUUGGGGAUGAUGCUCGGAAGUCGGCGUUGGAGUUUCUGGUUGCGACUGGCUGGCCUGUCUAUCACGUUCGUGGUCAGUGA